AUGGCGCAAAACCGCCCGACAGCGGCUUUCAAUACUCUCCGGAUGGGAGAGGUCAUCCGCGAAAAGGUACAGGAUGGAGUGACUGGUGAGACAAGAGAUCUGCAAUACACGCAGUGCAAAAUCGUCGGAAAUGGUUCAUUUGGUGUCGUCUUCCAGACGAAACUUUCGCCGUCGGGUGAAGAUGCUGCCAUCAAACGUGUUCUUCAAGACAAGAGGUUCAAGAAUCGUGAACUCCAAAUUAUGCGUAUCGUUCGACAUCCCAAUAUCGUGCAGUUAAAGGCAUUUUAUUAUUCCAAUGGAGAGCGUAAAGACGAAGUGUACCUGAAUUUGGUACAGGAAUUUGUACCUGAGACUGUUUACCGAGCCUCGCGCUUCUUCAACAAAAUGAAGUCGACCAUGCCGAAUCUUGAAGUCAAACUCUAUAUAUACCAGCUUUUUAGAGCCUUAGCCUACAUUCAUUCUCAAGGAAUCUGCCACCGUGACAUCAAGCCGCAGAACCUCCUAUUGGACCCGAACACCGGCAUACUAAAGCUGUGCGAUUUCGGAAGCGCAAAAAUCCUGGUUGAGAAUGAGCCUAAUGUUUCAUACAUUUGCUCUAGAUAUUACCGAGCGCCCGAGCUCAUCUUCGGCGCCACCAAUUACACAACCAAGAUUGAUGUUUGGUCGACUGGUUGCGUUAUGGCGGAGUUAAUGCUGGGCCAGCCCCUUUUCCCCGGUGAAUCCGGUAUCGAUCAAUUGGUGGAGAUUAUUAAAGUGUUGGGAACUCCUACUCGCGAGCAGAUUCGUACUAUGAACCCGAACUACAUGGAGCAUAAAUUCCCGCAGAUCAAGCCUCACCCGUUCAGUAAGGUGUUCCGUAAGGCAGACGCAAAUGCUCUGGACUUGAUAGCGAGGUUGCUAGAAUACACACCGACGGAACGUCUGGGUGCUAUCGACGCCAUGGUGCAUCCUUUCUUUGAUGAGCUUCGGGAUCCCAGCACGAAACUCCCGGAUUCCCGGCACUCGAGCGGUCAAUUAAGGGAUUUGCCAAAUCUAUUCGACUUUUCCAGACAUGAAUUAUCCAUCGCACCACAGCUAAACCAGAAACUCGUCCCUCCCCAUAUGAAAUCUGUCUUAGCGUCCCGUGGCCUCGAUAUAGAUAAUUUCACGCCCAUGGCAAAGGCAGAAAUGAUGGCCAAGUUAGACUGA